UUUUCCGUAAGUGUACUAGUCCGUGCGCUUGUAGCCGAGCGGGCGAACUGCCCUCCCAGUCUCUCCUCUGACCCAUCUUGAUUUUGGCGGGAAGAGAACCGAACCCCAUCUUCAUUUUGGCGCCAUCUCUUCGCCGUCGCCCAUGGACAAGUUCCUCGUGGCGGCGCCGCCUCAUUCCGGCGAAGACCCCGCGCCGACGCCGCCUCCGAGGAGGCACCGGUGGAGGCGGAUCGCCGUGGAGCUGGACGGCCGCAUCGACGCGAGGUUCCGGCACCGGGAGUCGCGCCUCCUCCUCGAUUCCUUCGCCGAGACUGGGGCCUUCGAUCACAAGUAUUACACAUAUGGCGAGGAACGUUGUAAGACAUAUGUCGAUCGAAUGGUUAAUGCUGCAGCUAUGUAUUAUCAUCCCGCAAGGGAGGGUGUUUCAGCAAUGGAAUUUGAUGAAAAGGGAAUAUACCUUGCAUCAGUGACAUUCUCAGGUUGUCUAACAGUGUAUGACUUUGAGACCUUAUACUGCCGCUCCAUAUAUGACCCAUCAUGCAGUUUGCCUGAUGUCUCAUCAAAUUAUUUGCUCCAUAUAUCAAACCCAAUGCCCCUAAAUGCCAUCCGAUGGAAUCCAGGAAACCAAGAUGAGGUUGCUUGCACAUCCAGUCAAAGCGAAAAAGUUUUUCUGUAUGAUAUUGGCUAUGUCUCAUCUGCACCGACUGAAGUUUUACAGAAAGGAAAAUCCAAAUUUCCUGCGCUCUACUCUGAGUCCCGCAAGAGUUUGACUGAUCUAGCAUUUGCUUCAGAUGAUAAGUCACGGAUAUUUGCAUCUGGCCUUGAUGGGGCAGUCUACAUGUGGGACAGGCGGUUAAGUAAGACACACUGUCUUGAGCUUACAGCAUCUUCAGAAUCUCAAUUCAACAGUGUCAAGCUAAAUAUGGAUAAUCGGACAGUGUUUGGUGCUAGUAAAAAUGGCACUAUUCAUGCUUGGGAUCUCCGUGGAGGGAGGGCAUCAGCUGCUUUUCAAAGCCACAAUGAGGUUCAACAGUUAUUAUCAGUGAAGAUAUCAACGUUGUUGGGCAAAAUUGCAUCACUAAAGGAACAAUCAAACAUUGUUUCAAGCCCAAUUCUGUCAAUAGACUUCAACCCUAGUUGCUCAUAUCAACUGGCCUUCCAUCUUGAUGAUGGCUGGUCUGGAGUCCUGAAUGUUAACAAUCUCAGUGUGAGUCACCUGCACUGCCCUCCUCCGGCUUGGUUGGACAACAUGGACCUGGCGUUGCAAAAACAUUUUAGCAAACCAACCUGGCUGCCAACAUCUUCUAUUUAUGCAAUUGGAUCUUCCUCAAGUGAUGGAAUUUAUCUACUGGAUUUUCAUCCAGAUACAAGCUCUGCAUGCCAUGUGGACUACAACGAGGAAACAAGAGGCCCUAUGGAAAAACCAGCUGCCGAAAACAAGUUUGUUCCUUUAUCUCAAAGGGUGCUUUCUUGUGCAGCCCAUCCACUCAGUCAUACCAUAAUUGCUGGUACCCAGUUCUCAUCGUUGCUCAUACUAUCACAAAAGCGCGAGACUAUCAGAAAUCCGGAAUAGUGCACGUAUGAAAUUUCCUCCAAGCCACAUAUCCAACUGCGCAUUCGCAAGGCUAUCUAUUAACUCACAGGCAUGCUGCAAUGGAACAUUAUGUGCAACAUAGUGACCUUACUGGUGCUACACAGACUUCAAAUCUAGUUGGCAGGUCAUUUGGAUGGAAAAUAUCGCUAGGCCGUUACAACUCGCAAGAUUCAACAUGCUGCUAAUACCCUGCUUCCAAGAAAACCUAUGGAUAAUUUCGGCGCAGACAUUCAUACAAAUGUGUAUCCACGCAGAUUCUGUUGCGAUCGAUCUCAUACCUUAAAGCAUGAUUCCAGGUUUUCAAAGGUGUUCUCUCAUGUAAUUAUUUUUUCCUUGUUUCUUGGAUAUUAAUUGUGAAGUUCGGUCAUCUGUAUAUGCAAUGUGAUGACUGUUGGUAUCAGUGUAACUUGUGUUCUAUACACGAUUUCCUCUUCUCCGAGUUCUCGUCAAUUUUCCUUCCGUCGAUGUGA